AUGUCUACAGACCAAGCAACGUCCAAAAGGCGCUGCGUCAGCACAGCUUGCAUUGCUUGUCGCAGAAGAAAAUCAAAGUGUGACGGAAAUCUACCCAGCUGUGCUGCAUGUUCUUCGGUCUACCAUACUUCUUGUGUUUAUGACCCGAAUUCUGACCAUCGCCGUAAAGGUGUUUAUAAGAAAGAUGCCGAUACGCAGCGAACACGGCAUACGACGCUGCAAACAUUAUUCCAGGCAUUGUUGAAUUACGACGAAGAUGACGCCUUUGACCUAGUGCGCGAGAUCAGGGCAUGCGACGAUCUAGAUGAAGUUGCUCAAUCUGUUGUUACGCGCCAAGCUGGACUUCUCUCGGCUCCAGAAGCGAAAGAUCCUCCUAGCGAUGGUAACCCAUCAGAGGUCGAUCAGUUUGAGUCUGAGUUAGCAGGCAAAAUGAGCGAACUGAUGCUUGAUGGCUCACGCAAAUUCAUUGGCGGCACUUCAAAUCUCAUUUUUCUGCCCCCUGACUCGGAAUCACCCGAGUCGGCUUCAAUCGACAAUGUCCUUGACUCGGACAAUGACAAGAACCCCAUCGGACGAUGGACGCGAGUGACAGAGGAUGAACCACUCGUUACCCACCUCCUAACCAUGUACUUUACCUGGCACUAUCCAUUCUUCACCAUUCUUGCGAAAGAUCUCUUUUCUCGGGAUUUGAUGCGCGGCACAUCCAGCCAAUAUUGCUCUGCCUUGCUCGUGAACGCCAUGUUAGCCCUUGGUUGUCAUUUUAGUUCUUGGCCAGGUGCAUUUGCAGAUCCUGAGAAUAUCGCAACCGCCGGUAACCACUUCUUCAAAGAAGCCAAGCGGCUGAUCCACGAGAAUGAUGAACAUGAAAAUUCAAAAUUGUGUACAGUCCAAGCAUUUGCUCUCAUGUCUGUCCGCGAAGCUGGGUGUGGCCGUGAAGGCAAGGGCUGGGUAUACAGUGGCCUAAGCUUUCGUAUGGCAUUUGAUCUUGGCUUGAAUGUUGAUGCGUCUAGUCUGGGAGCGCGCAACCUCACUGAUGAGGAAGUCGAUGCUCGACGGAUAACAUUCUGGGGCUGCUAUCUCAUAGACAAAUGCUGGUCAAACUACCUUGGCCGUCAGCCUCAAUUAACUUCAUCCAAUACGAAUGUACCGAGAUUCGAUGUCCUGCCACAAGAGGACACGGAAUUGUGGUCGCCAUACACGGAUGCCGGUGCUGGCCAAGAGCAUACGCAACCUUCCCGUAUAAGAGCAGUCGCUCUACAAAUUUCGAAACUGUGUGAGAUCAGCAAUGAUCUUCUGAGGUACUUCUACCACCCUUCGGAGUUGGAAAAGUCUCAGUCGAAGCAAUCAGAACUCAAGAAGCUAAGUGAUGUUCACACGCGACUUGAGAAAUGGAAAAAGGAGCUACCGCGGGAAUUCGAACCAAAAGAAGGGCAGCUUCCCCAGGUUCUUGUUAUGCAUAUGUUUGAACAACUGCUGCUCAUCCAUCUAUACCGGCCAUUUCUCAAGUAUACCAAGGCGACUACUCCACUCCCCUCACAUGUAUCGCCCCGGAAGUUCUGCACUCAGGCUGCAUCGAUAAUUUCCAAACUCUUGCGCAUGUACAAACGCACCUAUGGAUUGAAACAAAUCUGUAACAUCGUUGUGUAUAUUGCCCACACCGCCUGCACCAUUCACCUUCUCAAUCUUCCCGGAAGAAAUCCAGAACGGGAUAUCAUCCAUGGGCUCCGAAAUCUUGAAGAAAUGGCUGAUGGCUGGCUGGCUGCCCGUCGGACCUUGCGGAUUUUAGACAUCUCCGCCAACAAGUGGCACGUCAAGCUACCAGCCGAAGCAAUUGUCAUACUUGAGCGUACCCACGCCAAAUGGGGAUCCUGGGGAUCUUGGGACCAAGCAACAUCUCCUUCCACAUCAGAAGAUUCUCCCAUUAUACACAAUGCCUUGUAUCCACCAUAUAGGUACCCAGGUGGUUCUCAAUCCCUUGGAAACCCUAUUCCAUCAAGUCUGGACAGAGAAUCAUUCAGUCCAGAUCCAGCCAGCAUCAGAGUCUCAGCGAGUCCUCGGUAUCCAAACGCCGCCAUGUCUUCAGCCGUGCCACCAAUGGGCCAAGCCCACUACAUGCCAGGGCCACCAGCCCAGCGGACCGAGUACGCAACGCCAGAACCAAUAUACUCACACCCCAUCCCACAAGUCAAGUACCAAAUGGCAACCCUCGCAACCUCCGGUCCCUCAGCAGCACCAUCACCUGUUUCCCAAAACAUUUGGUAUAGCUCUACGCAGCCUGCAUUAUCUCCAAACUCAAAUUCAUCGGUUUCUGCUUUCGAUGGAACCGACCAUCUAGUUGAAGAAAGCCAUGACUGGUGGAACCGGAACGCUGCCUUGGCGCUGGGUUUGGAAAAUUGGGAGGGUGGGUGGCAUUCUGCAGUUCCGGGUCAACCUUCCCAUCUAUCAUAUGAUAAUAAUGGCCAUCCCGUUUCCUUCGCUGCCAACCAACACCCCAGUCCCGCUGUUGCGGAUCACAUACAGACCAUGGGCGCGUUACCAAAUAUGGGCUCCCCACCUGAGAAUAGUGCGCCAGGGUUUGAUAGUCAGUGGAAAUAA